AUGGAUCUUGGUGAUAAACUGUGUAUGAUUUGCGGUGGUAGUAAGUUGGUUCGCAGGUACUUUGGUGCCAUUACUUGCGAUUCGUGUAAAUCAUUUUUCCGGCGAAUGGCCCUUAAAAAUAUACAACUAAAAUGCUCAACUGAUGGUAAAUGUAAUAUUACAGCAAAUCCUAGAAAAUUGUGUCAAAAAUGUCGACUCGAAAAGUGUUUAGCCGUUGGAAUGAGAAAGGAAUUCAUAAAAGACGUGAAGCAAAACGAAAUGAGAAAACAGUUGAUUAGAGAAAGCAAAUUAAAACAACAAAAUUGUAUUCAUUACUCAAACACUAACACAGAACCUAAUGAACAGAAUAUGCAAAUUGAAAGUUAUGUUACAAAUAGCGAUAAUAACAAUAAUUUGAUACAAGACUCGUUUCCAUUGGCUAUCCUUCCUAUGUUCCAAGAAAUUACUGAUUACCAUGGAUUGAAUCAAUCACAUUGUGAUCGUAUAUUGCAACUAUUUAAAGCAUCUAGCAUAAUUGAUUACCCGCUUUCUACAAAUGUCGUAGAAAUAAGUGAUCGAAAUACUGUAUUUUCUUUAAAUGAAUUAAAUGUAACUGGAGGUGAACAACAUGUCAGAAAUAUUGUCAAGCUAAUAAAAGGGUUGAAUGGAUUUCAAAAUAUUUGCCAACAUGAUCAGUUAUUAUUAGUACAGCAUGGUUGUCUUGAUUUAAUUAUAUUACGAUUUAUGAAAUAUUUUAAUCAAGAUACUGAAAGUUAUAUAUUCCCAAUGGGUACUGGCAUAUCUCUUAGCGUGCCAUUAAAA